CAUGGCCACCAGUUUGGCAGUGAUAACCAGCGACAAGGACAAGGCUGAUGUCGUAUACCUUCGUUCACUCCUGGGUGAACACCCAGACUUCCCCAAACCCGGAAUCGUAUUCCUCGACAUAUUCCCCAUAUUCCGCUCUCCCCUCGCGCUCGAAACACUCUUCACCCACCUGAUGCAUCAUAUUACAACUGUCACGCUUCCACAGAACAAGAUUUCAAAGAUUGACGUCGUUGUGGGGCUUGAUGCGCGGGGGUUCUUGCUUGGCCCGCCACUGGCGUUGAGGCUUCAUGCCGCGUUCGUUCCUAUCAGGAAGAAGGGGAAGCUACCGGGGAAAUGUGUACAGGCAGAGUACGAGAAGGAGUACGGGAAAGACAUAUUCGAAAUGCAGGCCAACUCGAUCCUCCCCUCCCAGAACGUGAUCGUCAUCGACGACCUGAUCGCCACCGGUGGAAGCGCAAAAGCCGCAGGGGAGCUGAUCAAGCUCCAAAGCAGCAAGGCGCUGGAGUACCUGUUUAUUGUCGGACUGCCGUUUUUGAAGGGGGCGGAGAAACUCGAUGCUCCGGCUUAUUGGAUGGUUGAGGGCGACUAGGGCAAGUAACGGGCAGUAGUGGACGAUGAAUAGAUCAAUGAAUCAAUUAUUAGA